AAAAUUUAGCUCAGGAACAGCUUAUAAAGUAUUUGGAGCAUGAAGUUCUGGAAAGAGAAAGAGGAAGGCUGCGAGCAUUGUAUCAGCAACAACAACAACAGCAGCCACAACAACUAUCUUCCAGCCAUCGCCGCAACACCAGUAGGGAUCUCGAUCAGCAAUUUGCAAACCUCUCUUUGAGACAAAAAGAGGCGAACCGUGAUCCUGUUUCAGGACAACUUCACAUUUGACCGGAAAUUUAGCUACGACUAUAAUCAGAGCUUACUGACUAUCCCUCGUCUGAUUCUGCCAUGGAAUGACAAAAGUUCACAAUUUCUGUUGUGAGUGAUCAAGACGAAGUCUUGCCUCUCUUGUGCUCAGCUUCAAUGGAUUUGCUCUUCUACCGUCUAGACUUGGUUCUAAUUCUUGUGACAACAUGUGUCUUUACAUCAACAUUUGUUAAGCUUUUACGCGCACCUGGUGGUCAAUGCUAAAUAAUAGAUAGCAUUUAUGACAGUUGAUUCACCUGAGGUGGUUGAUUCCAGCAUGUAUGUUGCAAGUGAUUAAAUUCAUCACUUUCCUUUAAUCUUUCUCUGUUGUAACAUUUUCCAGCUUCUGGUUCCACCAUAUUUAUCUUCAUUGAUACAUUUUCAUGAACUAUGUAAUUUAAGCAUUGAUUGUGGAACUCCUUUCAGUUCAUUCCUUGUUUCGCCUCAAGGCAAUAAAAGCAUCUAUGUAUUACUCCA